AUGGCCAAAGCUAGAGCAAAUACCACCAUGAUAAAGUUGGUCUCUACUGCAUUAACAGGUUAUGAAAAGUGGUUUAGAAUACCUAGAAGUUCACCAAAAUUAAACCUCAUAUUAUACGAUCCAAGAGCUAAAAGACACUGCCUUUUCAAAGAAGACAGAAAAAGAAAAAUAGCUGAACAGCCAAAGAAAGAUUUUAUCAGAAGUCACCGUUAA